UUUUCUGCGAAUCGCAAUAAUUCCGUUCCUGGAGAGAGAUCUAUAUAUAUAUUUCACGAAAAUCCACCUUAAAAGUUUGACCACGAAAACAACACAGAGAUACAGCAAUCAUCUGAGAAGAAGACAGAGGCAGAUCGGCGAGAGCUUGGUAGCUUCAAAUACAAUACAAUACAAUACAAAGAGGCGAAGAAGCAAUUGAAAUAGGGAAACAAUAACUAAAUUAAAAAUAGAGGGGGCUAUUUAACUUGACUUGGUAUUCUCCACUCGACUUGCUGAUCGUCUCCGGUCUAUCUGUGGAUAUGGAGAACGCCGACGUGUUUAGCUCGUCGACGGCUCCACUCACCUGGCAUGACUUCCUAGAACGCAUGCGCCAUCCCUCUGCUUCUGAUUUCGUCAAAUCCAUCAAAAGUUUUAUAGUAUCAUUCUUGAACAAUACUCCGGAUCCAGAGAGGGACAGUGCCGCUGUACAGAAUUUUCUUAGUAACAUGGAAGCUGCUUUUAGGGCUCAUUCCCUUUGGGCGGGUUGUUCUGAGGAAGAGUUGGACAGCGCUGGUGAAGGACUGGAGAAGUAUGUCAUGACAAAGUUAUUUACCCGCGUAUAUGCUUCAGUUCCAGAAGAGGUAAAUGAAGACGACCUACUCCACCAGAAAGUAGCUCUAAUACAGCAAUUCAUCCGUCCUGAGAAUUUGGAUAUUCAGCCAAUUUAUCAAAAUGAAACAUCAUGGUUGCUUGCACAAAAAGAGUUGCAGAAAAUAAACAUGUACAAGGCUCCACGAGACAAACUUGUCUGCAUUCUCAACUGUUGCAAGGUUAUCAAUAACUUGCUGCUCAAUGCUUCCAUUGCUUCAAAUGAGAAUCCUCCUGGUGCUGAUGAAUUUCUUCCUGUUCUUAUCUAUGUUACCAUAAAGGCAAACCCUCCUCAACUGCACUCAAAUUUGUUGUAUAUACAACGUUACAGGAGUCAAUCCCGUUUAGUUUCAGAGGCAGCCUAUUUUUUCACUAACAUGCUUUCUGCUGAGUCAUUCAUUAUGAACAUUGAUGCGAAAUCUCUCUCUAUGGAAGACACUGAAUUUGAAAAAAACAUGGAAUUUGCUCAAGCCCUUCUCUUUGGUCCUUCAGACUCGGAUAAUAUGACCAGUCAAAGUGAUCAGAGCGUUGAACAUCAGGAAACUAAGCGUCUGGGGACUACAACACGGACAAAAGUCCCACCUCAAACGUCGGAAACUAAAUCGAGAAAUGAUAGAUCCCAUCCAAAGGAUCCAUAUGCUUUGGAUACAGUUCCAUCGAUCUCAGAUCUGGAAAAUCAAGGAGCGAACAUGCUUAUGAAGGAUGAGAACUCAAAACAAGUGUUCAUGGAAUUUCCCUACUUGUAUGCGAAGUCUGGUGAUCUAACAAUCAGUGAUGUAGAGGAACUGCUGAAUAACUAUAAGCAACUAGUCUUCAAGUAUGUCUGUCUUUCAAAAGGAAUGGGUGUUUCUGUUACACCUCCAUCAUCUGCUUCACAAACUCAAUCUGAAGGUGACACUAAAACUGCAAAGGAGCCUGGAGAUAGUAUAACAGUGGAGCCGGAAAAUGGAAACGUUUCAACAGAAGUUGAUGCUUCUGAAGUAGUUUCAAAGUAUCGGGAAGAUAGGGCAGGAUCGAAGUCCCCUCAAGAUGAACCUGUUGCUUCUGAAGAUGAGAUAGGUGAAGAGAAUUCUCGGAGUUAGUUGGAUGACAGACUAUUUGUCAGUGAACAUCUUGUACCUGGUUGAUGCGAUGGAGUAUGGACAGAUCAAUGUUGGAACUUCUGUACCUUUUUGAUAAAUUAGUUAUCAUUCUGUUAUAUCUAUCUAGUAUAGUAGUAAAUUUUUCGUCGUUCGGAAAUGUGCAUUGGAGUUGGGAAGUAGAUAAUCUGGGGGUAGGCCUGGUGCAAUUAAAUUGUGAAAUCUUAAAUCCAUAUACUGUAUGUUGGUGUUUGGAAUUUUAAUUUUAUGAUCUGGAAUAGAACCAUAGUCCCAAAUCAUUCUUCAAACU